GGUGGUGGUGGGCCAAACGCGGAACUCCGCCACCGCCACGGCCUCGUGCGCAAGCGCAGCGCGUUGCCGUGAGCCGUGACGUAACCCUCCGUUGCCCACGAUAAAAGCUCCACCCCCGACCCCGGCCCCCCGAUUUCCCCUACGGACCAGUCUCCCCCCGAUCGCAAUCGCGAAUUCGUCGCACCAUCGGCACGCAGACGAACGAAGCAAGGCUCUCCCCAUCGGCUCGUCAAGAUGCAGAUCUUUGUGAAGACCCUUACUGGCAAGACCAUCACCCUCGAGGUUGAGUCCUCGGAUACAAUUGACAACGUCAAGGCAAAGAUCCAAGACAAGGAGGGAAUCCCGCCGGAUCAGCAGCGUCUGAUCUUUGCUGGCAAGCAGCUUGAGGAUGGGCGGACGCUCGCUGAUUAUAAUAUCCAGAAGGAGUCUACCCUCCACCUCGUGCUCAGGCUUAGGGGUGGCAUGCAGAUCUUCGUCAAGACCCUCACCGGGAAGACUAUCACUCUCGAGGUUGAGUCCUCUGAUACAAUCGACAAUGUCAAGGCAAAGAUUCAGGACAAAGAGGGAAUCCCUCCAGACCAACAGCGCUUAAUCUUCGCUGGCAAGCAGCUUGAGGAUGGCCGUACCUUGGCUGACUACAAUAUUCAGAAGGAGUCCACCCUCCACCUUGUCCUUCGCCUCAGGGGAGGCAUGCAGAUCUUUGUUAAGACCUUGACUGGAAAGACCAUCACGCUAGAGGUUGAGUCCUCGGACACGAUCGACAAUGUUAAGGCGAAGAUUCAAGACAAGGAGGGCAUUCCACCGGACCAGCAGCGCCUCAUCUUUGCAGGGAAGCAGCUUGAGGACGGUCGCACCUUAGCUGACUACAACAUUCAGAAAGAGUCCACCCUCCACCUCGUCCUUCGCCUCAGGGGAGGUAUGCAGAUCUUUGUCAAGACUCUGACUGGCAAGACCAUCACACUUGAAGUCGAGUCUUCUGACACGAUCGACAACGUGAAGGCAAAGAUUCAAGACAAGGAGGGCAUCCCACCAGACCAGCAGCGCCUCAUCUUUGCUGGAAAGCAACUAGAAGAUGGCCGCACUCUGGCCGACUACAAUAUCCAGAAGGAGUCCACCCUCCACUUGGUGCUCCGCCUCCGUGGUGGCAUGCAAAUCUUUGUGAAAACCCUGACUGGGAAGACCAUCACGCUGGAGGUCGAGUCGUCUGACACCAUUGACAAUGUGAAGGCGAAGAUCCAGGACAAGGAGGGCAUCCCACCAGACCAGCAGCGCCUGAUCUUUGCUGGUAAGCAGCUGGAGGAUGGCCGCACGCUUGCAGACUACAAUAUCCAGAAGGAGUCCACGCUCCACCUGGUGCUGCGCCUCCGUGGUGGUCAGUGAAGUGAAGUUGUUCGCCCUGGUGGUUCACUGGGUGGUGUGCUCUUUUUAGUUGUCCUGGGUGUGUUUCCAUACCGUGUGUUUCUACUGUGAUGUCGAGUCCUGCAAACUUGAGCUGUGGUGCAGCAGCAGGUUAACUUGGUUUGCCUUAGCUAUUUCUCUUUGAUUGCCUGCUAUGAAAUUUACCUUGUGUUAUCUGUGCAUCUAUUGGAUACGUAACACUCAAAACUAUUGGGUGGCCAUCUGGCCGGAUAUAUGUGAUUUAGCAUAUGGUGAUGUCUGA